AUGGCAGAUCCAUUUUUCAAUAAAAUUAGUCAGCUUGAAAAAACUUUAGAACAUCAGCUAAAAGAAAUUCUCCGUUUGGAAUAUGAGAUUCAAGAGCGUAAGAAUUCUCUUGAUUUUUUUCGAGAAGAAAAUUGUUUACUUAAGCAAAAAUUAAAAAAGCUUCAAAAGUACGCGACUAACCAAGAAUUAGAGAUCAAUAAUAAUUAUCAACACCUCCACGAACUCGAAAAAAAGAUCUCUCAAUUGGAGAAUAUUUUUUCACAAUGGCAGGCUGAAAGAAAUAAGAUAAAACUGUUGCAGGAACAGAAUGCCUCUUUAUAUUCCACUGUGAAUAACUUGUCGUCCCAAUUGGAAGAAAAAAAAAAUAUUUUGCGGGAAACAAAUAAACUUAUCCAAGAACAGAAAAAAAAUCUCAAAGAUGGCGAAACUAAUUUAUAUAAAAUUAUAUCAAACUAUGGAGCUUUAUGUAUUGAAAAUUUAUCUCUUAAAACCCAUUUGAGCGAUAAGAAUGAAGCCAUUAAACAAUAUAAGGUAUUGGUAUCAGACUUUAAUGAUAAAACUAAUUCAGAACCAAUAAAUUAUAUAAGUUAUUCUUCUCUUGCGGAAAUAAAAUUAAUAGACAUUACUCAAAAAUAUAAAAAAUGGAAAGCCCGUUUUAAAAAAAAUAAUUUACGCAAAAAUAUAUAUAAUCCUGAUAUACCAAAUCAAAAUAAAUCUAAUCCAAAGAAUAUGGCCGAUGCGGGAAGACUUACAGUAUUACCAUCUAUAGCUCCAAUCUUGGCAGCAUAUCCAUCUUAUACGGGUCAAGUACCUCCAGAUGAGUAUUUAGAUGGAUUAGAAGGUGCCUUAAUGGCGAUAGAAGCAAAUAUGGCGGCCGCUGAAGGUGCAAACGCUGGUGCUUUUAAUGAAGUGAUCAGAUGCCAAUUACUUUCUUCCAAAAUGGCUGGAAGAUUCACUCCGGUACCAGCCAAUGACCCUUUUACUGUUGGAGCUCCUGCAAUUAAUACUAGAGAAUAUCAAUUACGAAUCAGAAUCGGGAAUCCACAAACUGUUAAUGAAUUUUUCCAACAGUUAAGAACAGCUUAUCAUGAAUUUGUGAAAAGACCUAUGCCCCAUAAUUUUGGAUUUUAUCCUUCC